GUGUACGACUGAUUUUGUUUUCUAAACAAUUUUUAUUUGAAUUGCAUUUGCUUAUAAAUAAAAUACAAAAUGAAUGCCCCACCCACAUUUGAAUCGUUUCUGCUCUACGAAGGCGAGAAAAAGUAAAAUUAUCAAGGAACUGGACACGAAGGUGACAAAUGCCGCUAUUUUCACCAUAAACAAGGAGGAUCACACGCUGGGCAACAUGAUUCGCAACCAACUGUUGAAGGACCCAAACGUGCUCUUUGCCGGCUAUAAGGUGCCCCAUCCGCUGGAGCACAAGUUCGUCAUUCGGAUACAGACGACGGCGGAUUAUUCACCACAGGAGGCAUUCAUGAAUGCCAUAACGGACCUGCUUGCAGAAUUGUCGCUCUUUGAGGAGCGAUUUAAAGAUGCCAUCAAAGAGAAGAAAGAAGGCGGCGACUAGUUUUAGUUUACUCAUUUAUUAUUACAAAACACUUGCGAAACAAUAGAAGUAAAUUUUCACUAUUUGUAUAAAUAAAU